AUGGCUGGAUUCGCGCGCAACUGCAUUCAAUCGCUGCUAAAGUUGGUGAAUUCUGGCUUAGGAAUGGUGGGGAUCGCCAUGAUCAUCUACUCUCUUUGGAUGCUUAGGGUUUGGCUCCGCCAUGAAGAAUCGGCUUCAGCCCCCGUCCCUUGGUUCAUAUACACUAUACUUGGCCUUGGGGUCACUUUAUGCAUGAUCUCAUGCUCCGGCCACAUUGCUGCGGAAACUAUCAAUGGUUGCUGCCUGUACAUCUACAUGGUCUUUGUCUUUCUUCUGUUCGUACUGGAAGCUGCAAUUACUGCAGAUGUAUUCUUAAACCACAAGUGGGAGGAGGACUUCCCCAAGGACCCAACUGGAAAUCUUGAUCACUUGAAGGACUUCAUCAAGGAUAAUUUUGACACCUGCAAAUGGAUUGGCUUGACUGUGGUGUCUGUACAGGGACUUAGUAUGUUGCUGGCUAUGAUUCUUAAAGGUCUAGGACCACAUACUGAAAGGUUUUAUGAAAGUGACGAUGAUUAUCUACCAGAUAGGGUACCUCUGCUUAAGAAUUAUGUUCCGCCACAAUCGUAUGUUGUCAGUGAACCUUACGGGGCGAAAAAUGAUGGUUGGAAUGUAAGAAUUAAUAGCAAGGUAAGCAGGUGA